UGCCAGUGUGCUGCCACAGAGAACACAGCCAUGUGCUCGCGCACAGUUUUCGCUUGUCUGGUUGUUUUGGUGAAAUCAGGACUUUGAUAUGCGACAAUUUUCAUAUCGCUAGUACUUCUCUAUUUUUCUUUUCUUUUCUCCGUGUGAGGAUUUAGAGAAUGUGGCGUUGUUGAUGGACGCUUUUCCGCUCUCCUCGCUUUGUCCACACCCCUCACACACAGAUAAAGACGCUCUGCACACAAAGUGCCACUGACGACUCCUACAUGCUUUACUGCACUGGAUAUAACGUUUGAAUUGAACUCCAUUGGGAUUUUUUUCGCUCGGAUUUCUUUUUAAUCACCUGUUUUGGAUUAAACCUUCACGUCGAUGGUACCGACUCAGACGGCAGACAUGGAGCCCCUCCAGAUCAGUGUCCACCAUGUCCCUGUCUGCGCGGCCAACGCGCCGAGUCCUUGCCAGGUCCAUCACUAGGAGCCAGUCCUUUGCCGGAGUCAACUCCCACGACAAGCUCUACAGGAGCCUCUCUGUGUUCCGCACCCCAGCGUGUUCAAGAAAGUCUCCCUCUAGAGGAAGCAGGAUGUUCACCCUCUCUGCCAAGUCACCUCCUCCAAAGGUGCCCCAGCCCGAAAGGUUGGAUGAGGUGUAUGAAGCUCUGAAAAGAGGACUUCAAUCUUACCUGCAGGUCCAUCAGAUGGAGCUGGACAGUCUGAACCGUCAGAUGAAGGAAUCUAAGAGGAACUCACGUCUGGGAUUUCUUUAUGAACUGGACAAGCAAGUCAAGGUGAUUGAGAGGUUCAUGAGACGACUGGAGUUCCACCUCAGUAAGAUUGACGAGCUGUAUGAAGCGUACUGUAUGCAGCGAAGACUGAGGGAUGGAGCCAAUAAGAUGGUAAAGGCGUACACGGCUUCACCAGGUAGCCGAGAAGCUAGAGAGAGUCUGUCAGAGGCCAACAAAGGCUUCAAAGAAUACACAGAGAACAUGUGCAUGCUGGAGAACGAGAUAGAAAACCAGCUCGGAGAGUUCCACAUCAAAAUGAAAGGUCUGGCUGGCUUUGCGCGCCUCUGUGCUGGAGACCAGUAUGAGAUCUUUAUGAGAUAUGGCCGACAGCGCUGGAAGUUGCGGGGUCGGAUUGAGAUCAACGGAAAGCAAGUGUGGGACAGUGAGGAGAUGGUCUUCCUCCCACUUAUCACUGAGUUCCUUUCAAUAAAGGUGACGGAGCUGAAGAGUCUGGCCAAUCAUGUGGUGGUGGGAAAUGUCUCAUGUGAGACCAAAGACCUGUUUGCUGCCCUACCACAGACCGUAGCUGUGGACAUCAAUGACCUGGGAACCAUCAAAUUGAGCCUUGAAGUUACAUGGAAUCCAUUCGACAAAGAUGACCAGGCCUCCACAGCCAGCACAGUGAGCAAGGCUCCUACAGUGAAUAAACGGUUCUCUACCUACAGUCCCCCAGAUACGCCAUCUCUUCGAGAACAGGCAUUCUAUAACAUGUUGAGGCGGCAGGAGGACUUGGAGAAUGGUACGGCAUGGUCGAACUCCUCCGAAUCCUCCGAUGAUUCAUCGAGCCCUCAGCUCUCCCAGGGUCUUCGUCAUGCUCAAAAGAAUCUGGUGCAGCCUGAGGUGCAGACCUCCGCUCCUGCGAUUGACAUCUCCUUCACCCCCCGCCAAUCAUCCACCUCUACGCCCACUCGGCUGGCCAAUCAGAAAGAGGAAGAUGAAGAAGAGGAGGAGGAGCAAGACGAGGAACUCAGAGCAACUACAGUCGCGGUCACCCCGGAGCCUGGUGGGACACCAACUGUGCCCAAUGGCCAUGCCCGUUACUCGCGCUCAUUGAGCCAUAUCAGUGAGAGCAGUGUGGAUGGCGCCUUGAACGAGAAGCCUGCAGGGGAAUCAUUGGAACCCGGUGUAGUCGUUGACAUGCCGACAGCUGAGCCAUGUUCAAUCAACCCCGAGCCACAAGCUGACCACUGCACUGUUGAUCUAAUCACACUUUCAUCAUCCAGCUCGGACACCACAGCCCCUAUAGCAACGGAGGGCUCUGAUUCCUCUUCUAAAUGUGAAGAGCCUACAACACAUCCAGAAUCUGAUUCCUGCACCAAUAGUGAAGAGGACUCAACCUGCAUCUCUGUUAAUACUGAGACCUCAGUGCAGCAAAAUAAUGCUCCAAUCCCCAGAACUGACUCUAUUAAAAAGACCCAGGACAUACAGGACCUACCCAAGACACACACUGUGUCUGAACAGGAAAAGAUGCCUGGGACUGAAGUAGAUUCUUGGCCAGGAGAUGAAGGAAAGAUGGAAGAUACUGAAGCAAAAGACAGCGGUCUGAAUAAGGCCCUCAGUGCUCUUCUUUCGUCUCUUGAUGACUACAGGGGUCAGUUUCCAGAGUUGCAGGUGCUGGAGCAAGAGCUCCGCCAGUUGGAGGAGGCUCUUACUGGCCGAAGUCGAAGUCGAGCCUCCAGUGUGAGCUUGACGGUGGAAACUGCUCUUGAGAGCUUCAGUUUUCUGAACACAUCAGAUUUGGAUGACGAGGAAGACUGCGACACACAGAGUGUGACAGACAGCUCUCAGCCAGUAGCAGGUGACAGUGCGGUAGUGGAUGAGGGUUGUGCACAGAAUUGUUGGGACGCUCCCUCUGUUCCUCUCAGCACUGGCCACCAAGAUCUAGAUCAGACUCUACUCAUUCAUCUACAGAACUGCUCCACCCAGCUGCUGAGGUUGGGUACAUUUGGGCCGCUGCGCUGUGGGGAGAUGUACGCUCUGGAUCGGCUGCUCCGGGAGGCUCGGGUAAUGGAGCUCAUUCGUCUAGCUGUCCAGGAUACAGUGAGGAGUGACAACCAACCUGAGGAAGUCGUUCCACAAUUAGAGCAGUGCCAGGGGGCUGUGUUGCUAUGGAGGCGCUGUACGACUGGCUGUGGUGUGUUCAGCAGCUCCACUGAGGCCUUCCUCCAGACGCUGAAAAACACUUACACAGGCCGAAUACCAGAAAGAGGAGCCAACCUUCCAGACACAGUAUUUACUCAUCUAGUGGAAAGGAUUUUGGAGAAAAAGCUGCCCAGACGAUGUGGAAAUGCAGCGAAAGAGACAAUUUUCACAAUUUUCCAGUUCUGGAGCUACCUAGAGGCUGAGGGUGUGAGUGAACUGGAGACACAUGUAACCGAGCUGGCUGAGGAGGUCUGGCUGGUGCAGUGUCUGCAGUCUGGUGAUCAAGAUGUGCUGCUGAAAGCCCUAAAAAAGCCCCCAGAGUGCAGUUUGAAGCGUGAGGGCCUGCGUGCCAUCAGCGCACUGCUCAGGGAUUCACGGGGGAAGGUGUGCAGCAGCGCCAGUGCUCUGUUACGCAGCCUCGCCGAGCAGCCACGCCACAGAGAGAGGGCGCUUGUGAGUUGUCUGGAGCUGCUGGAGGAUGAAAGUGUUGAGACCCGUGUGUGUGGAUGUAAAGCACUUGCAUGUCUAAAGGCCAAAGAGAGCAUUGAGCAGCUGGUGUACCUGUGCCGCACAGACAAGGAGGAUGUAAGAGAUGCCGCCAAGCAAGCUCUGCUGGUGCUGGGUGAGGAGGGGAAAAUGGCCCAUCGACAUGUUGAACAGGAUGGAGUCUCUCGACUUUUUGCACCUGGCAGCAUGGCCAGCACUGCAUUUUAAGGACCACCAACCUGUAGAAACUAUAGACCAAUGUCUCCUGUGUACUCAGACUUGUAUUCAUGCCAGUGAAGGACUCAUGAUCAAACAUGGAUCACACUGUUGAAGUGCAAAUAAAGACCCAAUCAGCUUUUUUUUUUUUUUUUUUUUUU